CGGCGCCGGUGGAGGGAGUCAUUCCUGCUGCAGUGCUUCCGGUCGGCAUUUUGUUCUGCGAGAGAGAGAGAGAGUCUGUGUGGAUUCUUUUAUGAGCGCCCAGGAGCCUUUCGGCACCGAAUCCUUUCUGCCAUCGUCCGGAGUAAAGUGCGAGCUUCCGCGGGCGCCUGCGAGAAGAAUGACCGCCGCCCGUCCGUCUUCAUGUUUGCAGUGAGAGGAAGCGGUGCGACCCGGAUUAUUGUUGUGAGAGGGACACAGCGAGCCCGAACCCCUCCACCUUCACCUUUCAACAACAGAGCCUCAGCAAAAGAUGUAAUGGUGGAUCAGUGAGCAGCGACACUGAGCGACCUGUGCAUCCACGCGAGCUCCCUGCCCUUCUUCAGCAUGAAUGGGGAUAUGCCUCAUGUUCCUAUCACCACUCUCGCUGGGAUCGCAAGCCUCACUGACCUGUUAAAUCAGCUGCCUCUCCCUUCCCCUCUACCUGUCACCACCACUAAGAGCCUGCUGUAUAAUGGGAGGAUCGCCGAGGAGGUCAGCUGUCUGCUGUCCCGGCGGGACGACACUCUUGUGUCCCAGCUGGCACACAGCCUCAACCAGGUGUCCACCGAGCACAUAGAGCUGAAGGACAACUUGGGCAGUGAUGACCCGGAAGGAGAUGUGCCUCUACUGCUGCAGACGGUGUUGUCCAGGAACCCCAAUGUCUUCAGGGAGAAAAGUACGCCCACCCGAUAUGGGGUUCAGGGCGGUUUAAUGCAACAGCCAAUGAUACCACCAUACAAGAUGCCUCAGAAUUCAAUGCAUGGAAGUCCGGCGUCAAACUACCAGCAAACCACUAUAACUCCGAGCCCUCCCAGCCGAUAUGUUCAACCUCAGGCAGGUUCUGGUACCAGGUACAUGCCCCAGCAGAACAGCCCAGUGCCCAGCCCGUAUGCACCACAGAGCCCCGCAGGCUACAUGCAGUACAGCCACCCACCCAACUACCCUCAGCACCAACAGAUCCAGCAAGUAUCCGUAUCCAGUCCAAUAGUUCCUGGUGGUAUGAGAAACAUCCAUGACAACAAGGUCUCCUGUCAAGUGUCGGGUAACUCCAACCAUAAUGCGAGGCAUUGCUCCAACGAUGAGUACAUCAGCAUUGUCCAGAGACUUGGAAAUGAUGAGAGUGACCCCGCUUUGAGAAACGCCUCCUUUCCUGUACGCUCCGUCUGCUCCCCUGCUGGAAGUGAAGGGACUCCGAAAGUUGGAUCUCGGCCGCCCUUGAUUCUUCAGUCUCCUCCACCC